AUGUCGGCGUCUGGCCAGACGAAGAAGUUCGGAAAGGGCGAGAGGACCGUCCCGACCCAGAAGGCACAGAAGUGGUAUCCUGUUGAUGACGAGCCUCAGCCAAAGAAAAUGCUCGAGGAGCAGCCGAGAGGAGAAUCUGCUGUUUUUGGCGAUAAUAUCUCCCAAUUUCCAAGAGAAUUGCGAUAUACAAUUGGAACGGCGAAAUAUAAAUAUAUAUAUGUUCGCAAGUCCGUCAACCCCGCUAAGCCACGCGCCAGUCUCCAGCCGGGCACUAUCCUCAUCCUCCUCGCUGGCCGUUUCCGUGGCAAGCGUGUUGUCCUCCUCAAGCACCUCCCACAGGGUGUCCUCCUCGUUACCGGUCCCUACAAGCUCAACGGUGUCCCACUCCGACGAGUCAAUGCCCGAUAUGUCAUUGCCACCAGCGCAUCCGUCAAGCUGACCGGCCUUGACGAGAAGACUUUGGAGAAGGUCUCUCAGCCCGGAUAUUUCACCGCCGGCAAGAGCACUGAGAAGAAGGGAGAGGAGGCUUUCUUCAAGCAAGGAGAAGCACCUGAGAAGAAGAAGACCACAAGCGAACGUGCCAGCGACCAAAAGGCCGUCGAUUCGGCCCUUUUGGCCACCAUCAAGAAGGAGGAGUUCCUCGACAGCUACCUUGCCUCCAGCUUCAGCCUACGGAAGGGUGACAGACCCCAUGAGAUGAAGUGGUAG